GAGGACGAGCCUCGGGGGGCACGACUUCUGACAGAAAGUUCAGACUGUGAUAUUAUUGAUUUGACAAUCAACCACUGUGCACUGACGAACCUGCCAGAGCUGGACAGCAGUGUUAUUGAUCUCACUGCUAAUGAAGAUGGUCUAGGGUCAUGUCCUGUAACAUCACCCUUCAAAGAUUACUUUUCAAAUUCUGAUAGUAAUGGGGAUAUGUCAUCUAACAGCUCCUCUGGAGUGAUCUCAGAAAAUGAGGAAGGGACUAGUGAGUGCAGCUGGAGAACAGACAGUGAAACCACC